ACAGUUUUGUGUAUUUAUUGUCUUCGUGUGUUAUAAUAAUGAUAAACAAACAAAAUCUCACUUUGUUUACAGUAAAUCUCGAAGCAUCAAUUUUCAAUUUCCUCUAAAGCAAGGAACAGGGAUACGUAAACUCCUACCUCAUGUCUUGAUGGAAUGUGUAGAGUUAAUCGAACUCAUGUGUGCUUACGAUCCAGAUGACAGAAUUUCAGCAAGGCAGAUUCUACGAAAUCAUUAUUUCAAGAAACAAAAGGAUGCAGAUAGAAAAGCAGCGGCCGCAGAGAAAGACAAAAAUAAAUUGACGGACCAACAAUCCAAAAUAAAUACUUCAACACUCAACAAACAUAAAACACAUCGAAGAACAAAGAAAAAACUGCCACAAGACGACUUGCAACAAAAAGUAGGAACACAAAUAUUCAUCAUUGAAGGAUUAUUAUGAAACUGUUUUGAAUUGUAGCUACAUUACUUUUUCACUUGUUCUAGCCGAGUCUUUUAGGAGAAAAACAUUUUCUUCCACGAAAUACGGGUGCCACACGAACAAGUAAGACGAAUACAGUUAAGUUUACAAGAACAUUUCCAACAAUUGCUAACAUUCAACCUACAGACAACACAUCAAAGGUAAUCAUUAUUCAUUGCUUAACGUGUGUUCAAGAAGCACAGAAUACUGACUUACGGAAGGUCAAAUCCAGUGAUUUUGUCUAAGCAUUGAUUUGUCACUCACAGUCAUUCAGCCAGUGCAAAAUACCUCCAACACAUUCAAAAUGGCUGACGGAAGAUUUUAACGACAAACUAUCAUGGGGGAAGGGAAUAGUUGCAUCUGUUUUCUACUCUGCCUGAGUGGCGAACCAUUGGCGUAUAACGCUUACACAAAAAUCACUAGUUACAAACGUUUGUAAGUUAGCAUUUUGUGCUGUAACUGUAGUUUUAUUGCAAUACGUUGAGACAAUUCUAACGUUAACCAACGCGAAAGAAUCCAUUAAAGACACCAUUAGGGCUUUUUCCAAUUACGUACGUGGUGAAUUUGAAACUGACUUAGAAGGUACCCGAGGCGCGAGGGAGCCUCAAUGUCUGUUUGCAACCUGCCCCAGUUUGCCUCAUUUGUGCCUUAAGGAAUGUAUUGCUAGGCUUGUUACAGCAGCAACAUUAUGUAUGCCCUGUUGUUACAGCAGCAACACUAUGUAUGCCCUGUUGUUACAGCAGCAACAUUAUGUAUGCCCUGUUGUUACAGCAGCAACACUAUGUAUGCCCUGUUGUUACAUCAGCAACAUUAUGUAUGCCCUGUUGUUACAGCAGCAACAUUAUGUAUGCCAUGUUGUUACAGCAGCAACACUAUGUAUGCCUUGUUGUUACAUCAGCAACACUAUGUAUGCCUGUUGUUACAGCAGCAACAUUAUGUAUGCCCUACACCAAUGCCUUUAUUGUAGGCAUCUGAAGGUUGGCCACUUAUGGGAGUGAGAUCAGUUGAUAUUAUAGCAGGGGGGUUGAGGCCUGCAUACUUGUGAUCAAACCUAUCAAAUAUUUUUUCCUUCAAAGUAUUUGGCCUUUGCCACUCUUUAUAUUGAAAUGAUGAUACACGACCAAUAUGUUGGAACAAUGAUGCAGCUAUGACUGGAGUUGUAGCUGGGUCCUGCCCUCUGUAAUCUUUCCAACAUGGUUCCAACCAAUCAACUGGCAUCUCAUCAUAAAACAACUUGAGAUAUGAAGCAAGAUUCUGAACUUCCUUUCUUGGAUAUAGUUUACCUAUGUAGCCAAGUAGAGCCACAUUGAGAGAGAUCCAACUGGUUUUCUGUGAAUGAAUGAAGUCUUCAAUUUUGGAAAGGAAUCUUGGGCUUGCUGUGACAUCAUCCUCCAGCUGAAGAUAAUAAUCCGAAAUGUAUGAACAAAAACACAUUAGGUAGACAUAAUCUAAAGCUUGCUUUGAUCUCCACAGAACUCUGUUCAUCUUAUCCCCUAUGAAAUGGCACACAAGAUCAUUAAUCUCUUGACAGUUUGGCUGUAAUAAAAUAACAAUUUCCACAGAAUUUCUUAAAAACCAGGACUUGAAAAGUUAUGUCUACAGUAAUUGUCCUGACAAAGGACAUAUAUUUUUGCAAACUUUGGUAUAUUAAAUUGACAGUGCCCUCAACUCAAACAUAUUCAUACAAAAAAGUAUUCUGUUUGUACUCACCAAGACUUCGAUGGAGAUUGUGAAGAGGUGCAUAAUAUUCAUCAGGUGCCUCUAUAAUUUGUAACAUUCCUGAAGAAAUGUGGAUUCCAAACUUA